AUGGUGAACGAUGAAGGAAUUUAUUUUUUCAGAUUUAGCACUGAACAAGGCAUGAUUUCUGUAUUAGAGGGAGGAGUUUGGAUGAUCUUUGAUAGCGCCCUUGUUGUUAGAAGAUGGACCACUGGUGUGAGCUCGGCUAAAGAUCAACAUGAUAAAGUUCCAGUUUGGGUAAAAAUAUACAAUGUUCCUCUUGAAUAUUGGAAUGGAACAGGGCCGAGUCAUAUUGCUUGGGAAAUAGGAAAACCACUGGAUGUUGAUGCUCAUACAGCAAAAAUGUGUCAAGAACAUUGGGGAAGACCGGCCUUUAUGAGAAUCCUGAUUGAAAUGUCUGCUGCCAAGGAAUGGUUAAAGGAAGUUCAAGUUUACUCUUCGGAUCUCACUACAGGAGAAAGAAUUCUUUCAAAAUGUAAAGUUGAAUAUGCGUGGAACCCUUCCAAAUGCUCUCAUUGCAAGGUUUAUGGGCAUAAAGACAAUACUUGUGGCAUCUUAUUAGCUAAGGAGGUCAAAGAUAUAGCAAAUUCUGAAUCUGAAAAUCAAAAUAAGGAUGGGACUAAAGUUGAUUUAAUGGAAGUUCUUAUUGCGAGCACAAAAAAAGUUGAAGAAGAUAAAGAUGGAUUUCAAACGGUGGUUAAAAGAAACAAAGGAAUAAAUUCUGGAGAAAAGAACAAGGAAGGAUAUGGGAUUAAAAAUCAGAAUCAGCCCCAAGGGCAUUUUGGGAAAAAUCAGAAUUUGUCUCAAGGGCAGUUUGGGAAAAAUCAAGGAAAUGGAAGGAAUCCGGUUAGAAAUAUGGCUGGAAAUCAGGGGCAAAAAGGGAAUGGUGGAGGAAAAAAUUUUGUCGGAAACCAGGGGCAAAAAGGAAAUAAUUUGGAAAAAAAUGGUAAUAAUUUUGGCGGUAAUCAGUGGAACAAGGUGAAUAAUGCUGGUGGGAAUAAUGAUCAGGGGAUUUCGCAUGUUUCAACUUCUCUCAAAGAUCCGAAUUUGUCUCCUGUUAUCAGGAGAAACAUUGAAAAUUGGCUGAAGUAUGUUCCAAAGUCCAAAGUUGAUAUUAAGAUAAGCUCUAACUUUGAUAAAAUUCCAAAAGUUGAGAAAUUUCAUGAUCCUGCUAUUAUUUUAUCUAGCAACAAAUUUGAGAUUUUAAAUGGUUUGGAAGAUGACAACCAAUUGGAUUAUUCAAGGAAAUGUAUGCAAGAUUUUGAUCUUGAUUACUUGGAUAAUGUUGAUCAAAUGGAAGUUAUAGGAGCUAUUCUUGAAUCUCAAGUUAGUUCUAAUAAACUUAAUGAAAAGUGUGAUAAUAUCUUUGGGAAUUGGAAGUGGACUGCUGUCAAGGGUAAUUUAGGGAGUACCUACCGCAUUAUUUUGGGAUGGAAUCCUCUCUUCUUUGAUGUCAACCUGAUUAAUCACUGUGAUCAAGCUAUUCACUGCAAAGUUUGGUUUCCUUCAAACAACAAAUUUGUUUUCUGCACCAUUGUUUAUGCUGCCAAUAAGUAUGUCGAUAGAAGAGAUUUGUGGUCUUCCCUUGUGCACCAUAAAGGUCUUGUCAAUGAUGAUCCUUGGAUUAUUGGGGGUGAUUUUAAUGUUACUCUCAAUCCUAGUGAAUGUUCUGCUGGGUCCUCCACAUUCACUAAAGGGAUGGUGGAAUUUCAUGAAUGCAUUAAUACUCUUGAAAUUCAAGAUAUUAAUUGUAAUGGAUUGAAUUUUACUUGGAAUCAAAAACCGAAAGGAUUAAAUGGAAUUCUGAAGAAACUUGAUCGUGUCAUGGGCAACUGCAAACUUCUGGAUCAGUUCCCAUCUAUCUGUGCUUCUUUUCUUCCUUAUGGGAUUUCUGAUCAUAGCCCGGUCAUCAUUAAAAUUCCUUCAAGAGCUAAGUUUAGGGUCCUUCCUUUUAAAUUUCCCAAUGUCCUCACCCUAUGCCCUGAGUUGAAAUUGAUUGUUGAAAAGCACUGGAAUAUUGACAUUAAUGGUGUUAAAAUGUUUAUUUUAACGCAAAAGCUUAAAAGCCUCAAGAAACCAAUUCGCAAACUCUUAAAGAUGCAGGGAAAUCUUUCGGAAAAUGUUAAUCACUUUCGAAAAGAGCUGGAAGCGGUUCAAGUGGAUUUGGAUUCGGAUCCUUUCAAUCAUCAUCUUCGAGAGCUGGAGGCUAUUUUUCUUGGCAAAUUUAAAUUAGCUUAUGAUAAGGAGGAGAAAUUUCUAAAACAAAAAGCUAAAAUCCAGUGGUUAAAGGAGGGUGAUAGAAAUUCUAAAUUUUUUCAUAGAAUUGUUAAAGGGAAAAUGCACAAAAACAGAAUUGAAGCCAUUAUGAAUGGUCAUGGAGAGUGGCUGGAAGGGGAGGCUAUUUAUAAAGAAUUUGUUGAAUAUUUUCAGGAUUUUCUUGGAAAAGAGGUGGCUUGUGACGAGAUCUAUCUUCCUGAUUCCCUUUUUACCAAUAAGCUGGACCUUGUUGAUGCUGUGGAUAUGGAAAUUGAGAAACUGAUGAAGAAUUUUUUGUGGGAUUAUGAUGAAUCCAAGAAGGGAAGAGCUAAAAUAUCAUGGUCCUCUAUCUGUAAACCUGUUGAGAAUGGGGGGUUGGGUCUCAGAAAUCUUAGAGUUUGGAACAAAGCUAUUCUAUCUAAAAGAAUAUGGAUGAUUUUAUCUAAUGUUGACUCUUUGUGGGUUAAAUGGAUAAAUAUUCAUGUUCUCAAGGGUAGAAGUUUUUGGGAUAUCAAGGAAAAACAGGACCUAAGUUGGAGCUGGAGGAAUUUGAUCAGAUUGAGAACCAAAUUUAGAGAUCAUUUUUUUACCAAGAUUGGAAAUGGGGCUAAUUCUUUUAUGUGGUAUGAUGAUUGGCACCAGUUGGGUGCUUUUUCGCAUGUUCUGUCGCCUAGAGAUAUCACUAAUGUUGGAUUCAAAAUCACUGACAAAGUUAAGGAUGUUAUUGUCAAUAACUCUUGGUCCUGGCCGCAAGAAUGGAUUGCUAUUAUUCCUCAAUUGAGAGAUCAUCAACUGCCGAUUCUUAAUCCUUUGGUGGCUGACAGAACUUUAUGGAGGAAAAGGGAUGGUCAAGUAGUGGAAUUUGAUAUUCAGCAAGUCUGGAGGGAUCUAAAUUUUUGCGGGCAGAAGGUCCCAUGGGCCCAUUUGGUUUGGUUUAAACAGUGUAUUCCUAGACUCAGCUUCAUUUUAUGGCUUGCUAUCCAGGAAAGAUUGAUGACCCAGGAUAGAAUGAGAUUUUGGGAUAAAAACAAGAAUCUCAAGUGUGUUUUUUGUAAUUUGCAACCUGAUUCGCAUAAUCAUCUCUUCUUUGAAUGCUCGUAUUCUUCUCUUGUUUGGAAUAUGGUGAAAGAUAAAGUGGGAAUUAUUAGUAAUUCUCAAGGAUGGGAAACAUUAAUUAAAGAGUUUCAAGUUCUGUUGAAAGGGAAAAGCAUUCAAGAUUUCAUCUCUAAGAUUGCCCUUGCUGCGACAGUUUAUUUUAUUUGGAGAGAGAGAAAUUGCAGGCUGUUUAGAAAUGGAAAUUCUGAAGAAAGGAAAAUUGCCUUGAACAUUUUUGAAGAAAUCCGUUUAAAGCUUAUUGGUCUUAAAGGUGGUUUUUCGGGAUUUGAUAAUAUUGUUAAAAGGAAGUGGGGUGUUCCGAUUGAAGAGAAAAAUCAAGAUUUUAAUGAUGAUUAA